UGCGCGCCGGGGCGAAGUGGGAUUUGGAAGCUUAGGGGCACAAGCCCAGCGACUGCACCGGGAUGGACCAGUACUGUAUCCUGGGCCGCAUCGGGGAGGGUGCCCACGGCAUCGUCUUCAAGGCCAAGCACGUGGAGGUGGUGCAGCUGAAGGCUGUGUUCCCACAUGGUGCAGGCUUUGUGCUGGCCUUUGAGUUCAUGCUGUCGGAUCUGGCUGAGGUGGUGCGCCAUGCCCAGAGGCCGCUAGCCCAGGCACAGGUCAAGAGCUACCUGCAGAUGCUGCUCAAGGGUGUCGCCUUCUGCCAUGCCAACAACAUUGUGCAUCAGGUCCUGUGGGGGAUUUGGAGGGACUCAUCCUUCCUUUGGCAUUCCCAGGACCUGAAACCUGCCAAUCUGCUCAUCAGUGCCUCAGGCCAGCUCAAGAUAGCAGACUUUGGCCUGGCCCGAGUCUUUUCCCCAGAUGGCAGCCGCCUCUACACACACCAGGUGGCCACCAGGACCGUGGGAUGCAUCAUGGGGGAGCUGUUGAAUGGGUCCCCCCUUUUCCCGGGUGAGAACAACAUUGAACAGCUUUGCUGUGUGCUUCACAUCUUGGGCACCCCUAGCCCUCAAGUCUGGCCGGAGCUUGCCAAGCUGCCAGACUACAACAAGAUCUCCUUUAAGGAACAGGCACCCGUGCCCCUGGAGGAAGUGCUGCCGGAUGCCUCUCCCCAGGCAUUGGACUUGCUGAGUCAGUUUCUUCUCUACCCUCCUCUCCGGCGCAUCACAGCCUCCAGGGUAAGGCUCUCCUCCAUCAGUACUUCUUCACAGCUCCUCUGCCUGCCCAUCCAUCUGAGCUACCGAUUCCUCAGCGUCCAGGGGGACCUGCCCCCAAGGCCCAUCCAGGCCCCCACCACGUUCAUGACUUCCACGUGGACCGGCCUCUUGAGGAGUCGCUGUUGAACCCACAGCUGAUUUGGCCCUUCAUCCUGGAGGGGUGAGAAGCUGGCCCUGGUCCUGUCUGCCUGUGCCUAAGGACCACCCAGUCCACUUGUUCCUCUGCCACCUGCCUGGCUCCACUCUCCAAGGCCUCCCCAUGGCCACACUGGGCCCACUCCACACCACACCCUGCCCCUUAACCCUUGUGAGGGUUGGUCUUGAGGCAGAGGUUAUGCUCCUAGCCAAGAGCAUGACAGCAUCCAGUCCAGCAGAGGAGAUUCACGUCCUGUGCUUGGUGAGUCUGUGUGCUGCUGACUUACCCAUCAGAACAGUGAGCUCUGCUGCCAUUCAGGGCCUGCCUGUGCAGAUUGGCGAUGCCUGCCUUGGUGAUUACCCAUCAGAACAGUGAGCUCUGCUGCCAUUCAGGGCCUGCCUGUGCAGAUUGGCGAUGCCUGCCUUGGUGAUUACCCAUCAGAACAGUGAGCUCUGCUGCCAUUCAGGGCCUGCCUAUGCAGAAUGGCGAUGCCUGCCUUGGUGAUUACCCAUCAGAACAGUGAGCUCUGCUGCCAGUCAAGGCCUGCCUAUGCAGAAUGGUGAUGCCUGCCUUGGUGAUUACCCAUCAGAACAGUGAGCUCUGCUGCCAUUCAGGGCCUGCCUAUGCAGAAUGGCGAUGCCUGCCUUGGUGAUUACCCAUCAGAACAGUGAGCUCUGCUGCCAUUCAGGGCCUGCCUAUGCAGAAUGGCGAUGCCUGCCUUGGUGAUUACCCAUCAGAACAGUGAGCUCUGCUGCCAGUCAAGGCCUGCCUAUGCAGAAUGGUGAUGCCUGCCUUGGUGAUUACCCAUCAGAACAGUGAGCUCCACUGCCAUUCAGGGCCUGCCUGUGCAGAAUGGCGAUGCCUGCCUUGGUGAUUACCCAUCAGAACAGUGAGCUCUGCUGCCAGUCAAGGCCUGCCUAUGCAGAAUGGCGAUGCCUGCCUUGGUGAUUACCCAUCAGAACAGUGAGCUCUGCUGCCAUUCAGGGCCUGCCUAUGCAGAAUGGCGAUGCCUGCCUUGGUGAUUACCCAUCAGAACAGUGAGCUCUGCUGCCAGUCAAGGCCUGCCUAUGCAGAAUGGCGAUGCCUGCCUUGGUGAUUACCCAUCAGAACAGUGAGCUCCACUGCCAUUCAGGGCCUGCCUGUGCAGAAUGGUGAUGCCUGCCUUGGCAAUUACCCAUCAGAACAGUGAGCUCUGCUGCCAUUCAGGGCCUGCCUAUGCAGAAUGGCGAUGCCUGCCUUGGUGAUUACCCAUCAGAACAGUGAGCUCUGCUGCCAGUCAAGGCCUGCCUGUGCAGAAUGGCAAUGCCUGCCUUCGUGCUGCUUCCCCAGGUGUUGCCUCCUGGUCAAGGAGAAGUGCAGAGAGUAAGGCGUCCUCAUGUUGGAAACUCAAGUGGAAGGAAGAUUUGCUUUUAUUCUCAGAGACAUUAAACACUAACUAGUUCAGUAUGUGAGAUUAUAGAUUCUAAAAACCUCAGGUGUCUCUGUGUUAUGUCUGUUCCUCCUCCAUUUCUCUCAAGGGAAAUAAAGUGGCAUUGUCUCAUGGCCCUCAUUUUUGGGUGGGUCCUGGGGAAGGUGGCACCAGGCACAGCACUUUUGCCCUGAGGGCCUCUCGUGUGCUUCAUAUGACUGAGCACUAACUUGGAAGUGAGGGAGACGGAAGUCUAGGCCCAGGGAUGGCUCCAGUUGGGGAUCCAGCAGGAGACCCUCCGCACUGAGGCUGGUUUACCAACAUAUCUACUCCCUCAGGAUGAGUGUGAGCCAGAAGCAGCUGUGUAUAUAAGGAAACAAGCAUUCCUGAAAUUAAUUUUUUAAUUUAAUAAAUCUCAAUAUAAUCCCAGCCAGCUCUUUUUCCUUAUAAUAAUUUGACUGAUGAGGUGAUUUUAAAAGAGCCAUUAAAGUGCAAAGGGCCAAGAGAAGGAAGUGGAACUUGCAGAAGAGGAAAUGAUGGAAGGACUUGCGGUAUCAGAUACCAAUAUUUUAAAGUUUAUGUAAGAAGUAAGACAGCAUGAUUGUGGUUCAAGGAUAAAAACAGAUACACUAGAGAAACUUAUUCUUAGCAAUCCUUUAUUUUUAAAAUGUUUAUUUUAUGCUUCAUGUGGAUAAACUCUUCUAUGAGCGCUGAGGGUGACUAACACUGUUACAGACGCUGGCCUCCAAACACUUAGUGGAAAGAUAAAACCUAUUAAACCCCCAUUCUUGCUUUUAGGAAA